AUGUCCAAUAACCUACAGAGGGUCUUCCUGAAACCCGCAGAGGAAAAGUCAGGCAACGCCUCGCAGUGUGUUUCAGGCUGCAUGUACCAAGUAGUUCAGACGAUUGGCUCGGAUGGAAAAAAUCUUCUGCAAUUACUUCCAAUUCCUAAUUCUUCUGGAAAUCUUAUACCGCUAGUUCAAUCUUCAGUCAUGUCUGAUGCUUUGAAAGGGAAUACAGGAAGCCCAGUUCAAGUUACUUUUCAGACUCAGAUUUCCAGCUCUUCCACAAGCGCAUCAGUUCAAUUGCCCAUUUUUCAGCCAGCCAGUUCUUCAAACUAUUUUCUUACAAGAACAGUAGAUACAGCAGAAAAAGUUAGAGUUACUUCUGUGGGAACUGAACAUUUUACCUCAUCAGUUUCUAAAGUUCAGAGUCAUGGUGUGAAAAUUGAUGGACUCACCAUGCAAACAUUUGCUGUUUCUCCCUCCUCAACACAAAAUGAUUCACCUUAUAUUUUAGUAAAUACUCAGAGUCUUCCAAUGACUGUGAAGUCUCCAGUUUUGCCUUCUGGGCAUCACUUACAGAUUCCUGCCCAUGCUGAAGUGAAAUCUGUACCAGCGUCUUCAUUGCCUCCUUCAGUUCAGCAAAAGAUACUUGCAACUGCAACCACAAGUACCUCAGGAACAGUUGAGGCCUCCCAAAUACCAACCGUUAUUUACGUAUCUCCUGUAAAUACAGUGAAAAAUGUAGUUACCAAGAACUUUCAAAACAUUUACCCAAAACCUGUUACAGAAAUAGCAAAGCCAGUGAUACUAAAUACCACACAAAUUCCAAUGAAUGUUGCUAAAGAGACACAAUUAAAAGGUGGUCAGCAUUCUCAAGCUGCUCCUGUGAAAUGGAUUUUUCAAGAAAAUCUACAGCCUUGCACUCCAUCUCUUGUUCCUGUUAAGUCUUCAAAUAAUGUGGCUUCAAAGAUUUUAAAAACUUUUGUAGAUAGGAAAAGUUUGGGAGAUAAUACUAUAAAUAUGCCAUCAUUGAGUACUGUCAGUCCUAGUGGGACACAAUCCAAAAGUAUGCCUAUUAAAGAUAAUGCCUUGGUUAUGUUUAAUGGGAAAGUCUAUCUAUUGGCUAAAAAGGGGACAGAUGUUUUGCCAUCACAAAUUGACCAACAGAAUUCUGUUUCUCCUGAUAUUCCACCAAGAAAAGAUACAUCACAAAUAGUGAGUUCAAGUCCAGUCACAGAAAUAUCCAGAGAGGUUGUAAAUAUUGUUUUGGCUAAAAGUAAAUCUUACCAGAUGGAGACAAAAUCACUUUCAAAUACUCAGCCUGCUUCCAUGAUCAAUCUAAGGGCAGAGAAGAAUAAAAAAGUGGAGAAACCAUCUCUUUCUACCCCAAACCCACAUAAUAUGAAUCAAUCCAUUAACUACUUAAAACAGAGUAAGACUCCAUUCACAAAGCCAGACUUUCCAGAUGGAUUUAGUGCAGUACAAAAUGCCCCCAGAAAAGGAAAUAUCAUCCAGAGCAUAGAGAAAAUAAGUUCCUCUGUUGAUGCAACAACUUUUACUUCACAACAGUGUGUUUUCAGAGACCAAGAACCAAAGAUCCAGAAUGAGAUGGCAUCAACAUUAGAAAAAGUUACUCAAGAAAGAAAUGAUAAGAACCAUUCCAAAGGAGGAAGCAAUAAGGCAUCAUAUCUGAAGAAUGAUGCAGAAUUUAAAAAGAUAUUUGGUCUCACUAAAGAUUUGAGAGUGUGCCUUACUCGGAUUCCUGAUCAUUUGGGCUCUGGAGAAGGUUUUGAUUCCUUUAGCAGUUUGGUGAAGAGUGAUACUUAUAAAGAGACUGAGUUGAUAGUGAAGGAAGAAAAGAAAAAACAGGGUUUUGAUAAGAAAAGAAAAGCAAAAACCGUUAAGAAGAUGGAUCACACAAAGAAGAGAAAAACUGAGAGUGUUUAUAACACAGCUAUAAAUGGAGGAACUAAUGUCAACAAUUCCCAACUCGUCAACAGUAUUUUACCAACUUCAGAUGUAUCAUGCCAUAACAUUCUCACAAGCCGCAACAAAACCAGAGAAGAAAAGAGAACUGGGGUUGAACACUAUACCCCUGAGAACCAGGAAAAAGGCACAUUGAGUUCAAAUGCAGCUUUUGAACAAAGUCAUUCUUUUAAUAAAAAUUAUACUGAAGAUAUUUUCCCCAUGACGCCACCAGAGUUAGAAGAAACCAUUCGAGAUGAAAAAAUAAGAAGACUUAAGCAGGUGCUGAGAGAGAAAGAAGCAGCUCUUGAAGAAAUGCGUAAGAAGAUGCACCAAAAAUAAUAAAAUGUUGCUAUACUUAAAGACUGCA